GUUUUGACACUAUCUGACAGGCUGCCGCGAGAACCCACCGAGAACAACAAGAACACGCACACACGCGCGCACACGAGGUUCAGUGGGAGCCAGACACCGCGAAAUAGUAGGGCUGACUUGGCAAGGAAACGAGCGCUGUGAAAAUCAGUCAUGGCCUCGAAGUUCAAUCCAAAUGUCCUUUAUGUCCGGGAGCCCCGGGAGUCCCUGACCUCUCCGGACCCUCAAGCCGAGGCUGGUGACGAAUCAUCGGACAGCGACGGGGAACCAGAGGAGUCCUCGCACAAACUCAUCCGAAAAGUGUCCACCUCCGGUCAGAUCCGAGCCAAGAAAAGUGUGAAGGAGGGACUUCUUCUCAAGCAGACCAGUUCUUUUCAGAGAUGGAAAAGGCGGUAUUUCAAACUGCGAGGCAGAACGCUCUACUAUGCCAAAGAUUCAAAGUCUCUCAUAUUUGAUGAGGUUGACCUCUCAGAUGCCAGUGUGGCUGAGACCAGCACCAAGAACAUCAACAACAGUUUCACAGUCAUCACUCCAUUCCGUAAGUUGAUGUUGUGUGCAGAGAGCAGAAAGGAGAUGGAAGACUGGAUCAGUGCUCUGAAAUCUGUGCAGAAAUGGGAGACUUACGAGGCCAGUCAGUUCAACAUGGAGCACUUCUCCGGGAUGCACAACUGGUACGCUUGCUCUCACGCUCGCCCCACCUUCUGCAACGUGUGUCGAGAAGCUCUGCCAGGCGUCACCUCCCACGGUCUUUCCUGUGAAGUGUGUAAAUUCAAAGCCCAUAAGCGCUGUGCUGUACGCUCCACCAAUAACUGUAAGUGGACCACACUGGCUUCUAUAGGAAAUGACAUCAUCGAGGAUGAGGAUGGAGUGUCUAUGCCUCACCAAUGGCUGGAGGGGAACCUGCCAGUCAGUGCUAAAUGUGUGGUGUGCGAUCGAAACUGUGGCAGCGUCCGGCGACUACAGGAUUGGCGCUGCCUCUGGUGCAAAGUCAUCGUGCAUAACAGUUGUAAAGAGCAGUUGGGGAAGGUUUGUCCUCUGGGUCAGAGUAAGGUUUCCAUCAUACCACCCAAUGCACUUAACAGCAUCGACUCUGACGGCUUCUGGAAGGCCACCAGUCUGUCCUGCUCGAGUCCUCUGCUGGUGCUGGUGAACAGUAAGAGUGGUGAUAAUCAGGGCGUCAAGUUCCUCCGCAGGUUUAAGCAGCUGCUGAACCCUGCGCAGGUCUUUGACCUCAUGAACGGCGGGCCACAGCUGGGGCUACGCCUCUUCCAGAAGUUUGAGACUUUCCGUACCCUGGUGUGUGGUGGUGAUGGGAGCGUGGGAUGGGUUUUGUCUGAAUUGGACAAGCUCAGCCUGCACAAACAGUGUCAGCUGGGUGUUUUGCCGCUGGGCACAGGAAACGACCUGGCACGUGUACUGGGCUGGGGCGGGCUCUGUGAUGAUGAUGCUCAGCUGCUGCAGAUACUGGAAAAACUAGAGAGAGCUACAACCAAGAUGCUGGACAGAUGGAGUGUGAUGACCUUUGAAGUGCCCACCAAACACACCCCAGCGAUCGUAAAGGAGGAGGACUCAUCAGACUGCCCCCUACAGAUCACACAAUAUGCUGAUUCUGUUGCCACACAUUUGACCAAAAUCCUGGACUCCGACAAACACAGUGAUGUCAUAUCAUCUGCUAAGUUUCUGUGUGGGACGGUCAAUGAUUUUGUGGCAGAGGUCGGCAAAGCUUAUGAACGAGCCACAGAGAACAAGGAGGAAGCUGAUGCUAUGGCAAAAAAGUGUGCCAUGCUGAAUGAGAAGCUGGACUCUCUGGUAAAGGCUUUAAGCGAAGAUGCCAAUGCCCAGUUAGUACCGGCUGGGUCCGUGUCACCAGAGGAGAGUGAUACCGAUCAGUCCAGAUCCUUCAGAUCAAGAGAGCAGCUCAUGCUGAGAGCCAACAGCCUGAAGAAAGCACUCCGACAAAUCAUAGACCAGGCAGAAAAAUUGGUGGAUGAGCAGAACAAACACACCCAGAUUCAGCGUAUGUCAUCCUUCCCAUCAAUCAAUAGAGACAGCAGUGAGGACCUCAAGGAGGGGGAGCCACGUCAAAAUGCAUUGAGCCCAACCACCACCACAACCCCUAUUUUACUGGAGAAUUCAGAGAGCUUCAGCACUGUUCUUUUCUCUGAAGAGUCUGUGCAGUGCACAGAAAAGUGUGUUAUGAAUAACUAUUUUGGCAUCGGUCUGGAUGCCAAAAUAUCUCUAGAGUUCAACAACAAGAGAGACGAACACCCAAAAAAGUGCAGCAGUCGCACUAAAAACAUGAUGUGGUACGGAGUUCUAGGGACCAAAGAACUGGUGCAGAAAACCUACAAGAACCUGGAACAAAGAGUCCAGCUAGAGUGUGAUGGAGUGCCCAUGUCCUUGCCGAGUCUUCAGGGUCUUGCUGUUCUGAACAUCCCCAGCUAUGCAGGAGGCAUUAAUUUCUGGGGUGGCACCAAAGAGGACAAUAAUUUUGGGGCGCCGUCAUUUGAUGAUAAGAAGCUGGAGGUGGUGGCUGUGUUUGGCAGCAUGCAGAUGGCCAUGUCUCGAGUCAUCAACCUACAGCAUCACCGCAUCACCCAGUGUCGGCAGGUGAAGAUCACCAUCCUUGGUGAUGAAGGUGUACCAGUGCAGGUGGAUGGAGAGGCCUGGAUUCAGCCACCUGGCAUUGUCGAAAUCAUCCAUAAGAACCGAGCGCAGAUGCUCACCAGAGAUCGGGCUUUCGAGAGCACACUAAAAUCAUGGGAAGACAAGCAGAAAGGUGACAGCCGGCCCGCCCGCGCUCGACUGAACUCCCAGCAGUCCAUGGAGUAUCUGACGGAAGAGGAAUGCACUCAGGUCCAACAACUUGGCUUAGUGACUGAAAUGCUCAUCAACAGGAUCCGGGAGGAGGCGAAGACUCAUAAGGUGGUGGAGCAGGAGUUGGCUCAUGCUGUGAAUGCCAGUGCUGUGGUGCUGAGUCAAGCCUUCCCCUCCAAACCCUCUACCCCUGAGGGUUUGAGUCGCAGUACAGCAGUAGACAUUGUCAACAGCAGUAAAGUCCUCCAGCAAGAAACCAAGAUGCUGUUGGAGGGAAAACUACUGAAUGUAGAGCCUUCUCAACAAGAGGAUCUUCUCUCUAUGGUGGACAGUCUCAGCACUGAGUUACACAAGCUGGAGGACAUCCACUGGAUUUGUCCCAGCAUGCACUCCUCUGAAGAGGAAUCAUUCCGUGUGAGUGGUAAAAGUAGUAUGAAGCUGAAAAUCAUGCAUAAAGGGAGGAAAGAGAGAGAGAGGUUACAUAAGCAGCGGUCUAACAGCUCUCUCUCAGGAGCUUGGGAUAUCAAGGCUGGGACAAGUGAUGUGGACUCUGCAGGCAACUGAAAAGCUGAAGUUUUUUGCCAGGCCUCUGCUGUGAGGACUCAGGAUGCUGCCUAAUGCCCAGCGAGGGAGGACAUGAGACCUUCCCCCUCCC